CACUCGCGGCGAGUCGUGUCCCGCGGUGACGUCAACCGUCCCGUUGCUGAGCUCGCGCGCGGGGGAACUGCGCCGGGCAGCUCUCGGAGGGAAUCGAAUCUGUCGCUGGCGUCAAGGCAAUGUUUGUCCUUCCCCUUGGCUCCAGGGAUCGUGCUUGGCACCCUCGACACACCUCACGCUCCCACCUCAUCCCAGGUUGUUUGGCAUGGACGAUCCAUCGAUGGGAAGGUUAGACUUGACUGACCACACUUGUGCUGUAUUAGGAAGUACAGCUAUAACAGCUAGUUUCAUGGACAUAGGAAAUUCAUGUGAUGAUACCACAAGUCCUUUAGUCAAUAGAUCUAGAAACUCAUCAGUGGAAGAUGAUGAUGAUGUUGUAUUUAUUGAAUCUAUACAACCUCCUUCAAUUUCUGCUCCAGCAGUAGCUGAUCAAAGAAACUUUAUAUUUGCAUCAUCAAAACCUGAAAAGCCACAAGGAAAUUGUUCUGUGAUUCUCCCUUUCUCAAGAGAGUUGGCUUAUCAGAAAGGAAAUAUGUGUGAGACAAUUGUUAUUGAUGAUGAAGAGGACAUAGAAACGAAUGAAGGGGAGAGAAAAAAUUCUCCCAGUAUUACUAAGUGGGGACUUCCUGGAACUAAAAACAGUACCAAAGCUUUGGAUUUCUCCACAUCAGGUCAUUCAACAAGUAAGACCAAGACUGGAGUAAGACCUUUUAAUCCUGGUAGAAUGAAUAUGGCAGGAGAUGUAUUUCAGAAUGGAGGAUUUACAACUCAGCAUAAUCCUGAUUCUUGGAUCUCCCAGUCAGCAUCAUUUCCCCGUAACCAGAAACAGCCAGGAGUGGAUGCUCUAUCACCAGUGGCCUUGCUUCCUAAACAGAUUUUCCAGCCUUCUGCCCAACAGCAACUUACUAAACCAGCUAAAAUCACUUGUGCAAACUGCAAAAAUCCUUUACAGAAGGGACAGACAGCUUACCAACGAAAAGGAUCAGCUCACCUCUUUUGUUCUACCACCUGUCUUUCUUCCUUCUCUCAUAAACGUACUCGAAAGACAAGAAAUAUAGUAUGUAAAAAAGAUACACCUAAUAAGAAGGCUACUGUUGUUCCUCCAGUGGAAUCAAGCAGAUCCUUCCAAGAAUUUGCUAGUUCAUCUUUGUCUCUCUGUGAAGACAAUCAUCAUCUUAGAAAAGUUUUUAAUACAUCACGAUGUAUAAUCUGUAGUAAACUGACAGAGGUUCGCCAUGAAGUCAGUGUUAAUAAUGUAAUUCACAAGCUGUGCAGUAACCACUGCUUUAAUAAGUACAGGUUGGCCAAUGGUCUAAAAAUGAACUGCUGUGAGCACUGUGGAGAGUACAUGCCUGAUAAAAAUAUGGGAAACAGUAUCCUGGUUGGAGGUCAGCAGAAGAGAUUUUGCUGCCACAAUUGUAUUAAUGAAUAUAAACAGAUGAUAGAAAUAAAAUCACAAACAUUAUCAGCAUCAGAAAAAAGGAAAAGGAGUGGUAUAGAAGAAGAAAAUGAAAGUAAACUAUAUGGAUCAUUAAAUAUACUUUUAGAAAAAAUAGAGGGUGUACCAGGAAAAAAAGAGAAGACUUUAGAACAAGUUGCAACAGAAUGUAGCCCAGAUAUAUCCCUGAACAAACAAAAUGUGAAUUUAUCUUAUUCUGUGUCAGCCAUAGCUGAUGAAUUUGAGAAGCAACUGGAAGACAAAAAGUCAGAAGACUCCCUUAUACCAGUUGUGCUUUCUGCAGAUCCAGGUACAUGGCCCCGAAUUUUGAAUAUUAAGCAACGUGACACUCUUGUUGAGAAUGAUCCACCUCAAGUAAGAAAUUUUGACUUUCCAAAAGACAACACAGGGAGAAAGUUUUCAGAAACUUACUAUACACGAAUUCUUCCAAGUGGUGAAAAAACCACUAGAUCCUGGUUACUUUAUUCCACUUCUAAAGAUUCUGUGUUUUGCCUAUAUUGCAAACUCUUUGGGGAAGGAAAAAAUCAACUGAAAAAUGAGAAUGGAUGCAGAGAUUGGCAGCAUUUAUCACAUAUUCUUAGUAAACAUGAAGAAAGUGAGAUGCACCUCAACAAUAGCGUUAAGUUUUCAAAAUUAAAAUCUGAUUUGAAAAAAAAUAAAACCGAUACAGCUGAACAUAAAUUAUGUGAAGAUGAAAGAAAUGGUAGUGUCUUGCUGUUUUAUACAUAAUGUACCCAGUUUGGUUUCUGUCAUUACUUAGAAAAGAUUUGUACCAUGAGUCAGUAUCUUUCAGUCCUAAGCUGUAAUGAACAUACAAUAGUUCAUUAACAAUAAAUAUAAUAGCAGAUAAAUAGUAAAGAGUGUUCCUGUUCCAAAUUUAAAACUAAUUGGAUUCAGUAGUCAUUGCAAAAUUUAAUAAAGGCUAUUUUUAAUAUUCUUAAUUUGUUAUUUCUUACCUUUUUGCAAUUGGCAAUUAAGAACUGCUGUUUAACAGGUUUGAUUAAUAUUGUGGUAAAUAUGAAACAGGUGCCAGUGUGUUGGUACGCUCCUGUAAUUCCAGCAUUUAGGAGGAUCACUGCAAGUUCAGGGCCAGCCUAGGCUACACAGAGAGUUUAAGGCCAGUCUGAACUGCAUAGCAAGAUCUUGUCUCAAAAACAACAACAAAAAGACAGGUAGGAAAGACUUGCCUUUAUUAAUACCGGUUGAGUAAGAUACUUACAUGAACAUAUUCUCAGAUUUAUUAAAGACAUUCAGAUAGUUUCAAGAACAAAAUAAGGAUCUAAAACUACAGCUUUUUGCUUUUAAACCAAAUACUUGUGAUUUACUCCUCUUGAGCAAAACUUCUGGGGAGUGGAGGCAUGAAGAUGGGGAUCGUACUAGAGAUUGAACCCAGGGUUUUUGCACUAAGCUACAUUACUAGUCCUUCUUUUUCUGUGGCUUGUUCGUUUAUUUGGUUUGGUUUGGGUUUUUGAGGUAGGGUCACUAUAGUCAGUAAAUUGCUCAGGUUAGGCUCCAGCUUGCAAUCCUCAUGCUUCAGCCUUCCAAAGUUCUGGGGUUAAAGGCAUACACCAUGGCCUCUGGCUUGAGCAAAACAUUUCUAUUUGACCAAAACAGCAUUAUUGUAUUAAAUAAAGGUAAACAAUUUGCAUUGUAUUGAUUUUAUUUUUUCUUUUAUAUUUUUGUUUUAAUUUGUAAAUGUAACUUUUAUUGUUGUAUAAGAACUAUAAGCAUAAAGAAUAUAUACCUGCUCUUAUAUUGGU